CAGUUCCUGUUUUAGUUCCUGUAAAGAAGGUGCUGGAGCAGAGCGCGCCACCGUAAUGGUCUCCACCACGUUAUAUGGUAGUUAUGGCAGAGAUUGGUGCCCCGUGGAGAGAGCAGAAGAGAGAGAAGCGUGCACCUACCAUAACCUGUACAAAACCAUAACCAACCAUAACAGCCAAGGCAGUGAACACAGUGAAGUGUAAAAGUAAGGACAUGGAGGGUCGACGCGUUAAAAAAAAACGAAGAACUUUCGCAUCAUAUUUAAAACACGAAAGAUAUCAGGGGAAGAGAAAUCUAUUUGGACGAGGAACACACAUUGAUGAAGAAACAUACAAUUACCUUCUUCGUGUAAUGGGAGUAAAUAUCAGCAGUUUUGAAACUGAGGAGGACAGGGAAAUAUUCAUUGACAAUGUAUUUGAGGAAAUGGCUGGAAAAGAAAAUGAUAUUUUGUGUAACCAAGUGGGAUCAAGGGCCAUAGAGAUGUUUUUGCCAUGGGCAUCUGACGAAAUACUUCUCCGAUUCACAUGUAUAUUAUCAGAAGACUUGAGAAAGAUGUGUCUUGAUGGAUUUGGGAGCCAUGUUCUGCAACAACUUGUGUUUGUAGUCUCUGCUCGAUUGCAGAAGACCCAAAGCAGUUCUCCAGAAACAAAUGCCUCCCAAGAAUCUCAGUCUUCUGGCCCUGAUAUCUCCAUGAGAUUCAAGAUCUGGUUGCAACAAGUUGGUCAGUUUGUGGUAAACAACCUUGACGAAUUUGUGUGGGAUUGCUAUGCAAACCAUGUAAUUCGAACAGUCUUAGAGUGCUUCAGUGGCCUUCCACGAGGAUCUACUUCAAAACAAAAAAAGGAGGGACAUCUGGAAUGGUUACCUGAUCCAGAAUUUACCCCUUCACCUGUUGGUGACGGAUUCUCUCUAGUACAACAGUGUGGAUGUCGUAUUUUGCAAAUGCCUGAGGUUUUUGAUUAUGUGAAUACAAAUUUGGUGUCUGGAUUGCUACAAACAAUACUUCUUGCAGUACGUAAAGUUGAUAGCCAACUUUGUACCAAGAUAAUACGUCACUUGUUGGACUACUGCAUUCUAAAUGAGAGUCAGGCAGCAGCUCGUCUCAUGGAAGUAAUGAUAAGCGUUGCAAAGAGAAAAACUUUCAGGAAAAUUUAUAUCCGCUGUUUCAAAUUUAAGUUGCAGCCUCUUUCUUUGGCACCUGAUGCAAAUUUCUGUGUGCAAAGUUUGAUAAAACAUUGCAAAACUAUAGAUGAAUUUGAGGAAAUAUUUGAAGAAUUGCUUCCAAAUUUUGAAGAAUUAAUGCAUCAUAACAGACAUGGUGUACUUGUGGCCCUUGGUCAGUCAUGCCAGAGGCUGAGGUGCAAACAGAAAGAAUUCUUGAUGCAACUUCAAGCUGCUUUUCAUUGUGUUGAACCUGAGCGACAAGUUCUUUUUCCAUUGUUAGUUGUACAUUGGGUUGAUUAUGAAACAUGGAGUAUGACGACUAGAAAUGAAAAUGCUGACUUGCCAGUCACUUUGCCAGGUUCUCUUCUUAUCCAGACUUUGUUAAGUUUUAAUGAACCAAUAAAGAUUAUAAAAGCUUUGCUGGAAAUGGACUCCAAACACCUAUUGAAAUUAUUAUGUGAUCGUUACGGAAGUCAUCUUGGAGAUGCAUUUUUAGAUAGUAAAGUUGUGGGAGAAAAACAGAAAACAAAAUUUUUCAUGAAAUUACAAGGAUCAUAUGUUGCCUUAGUAACAUCAUUAAAUGGCUCAAGGGUUCUUGACAAAAUCUGGCUCUGGGCAUCACUGAAAUGUAAGAAAUUUAUUUUAAAAGAAUUGGCUGCUUCUGAGGAUGUGGUGAGGAGUGUUAAAACGGGCUGCAUCUUUUCUGAGAUACAUGGUCUGGCAGUAUUUAAGAGGAAUCCAGAUAAUUGGGAAGAGAAUCAGAAACGAAAAGAGCGUGCUGAAAAAUUAUUUGCUGAUAUUAUUGACCCGUAGCCACUGAAACAUAUAUGUAAUCCAUUAACUUGUAAUACAUUACAGUUAAUAAAAUAUUUUCUUUGUUAGGACUGUUUUCUAUUGUGAAAGUAUGUAAUGACUAGAGCCUGGAAGUUUGG